CGUUGCCCGUGGGGGCCGCAGGAUACACCGCGCGCCAAGUCGUUAGCGUUGGUGUCAAUUUCUUUCUUGCUUGCUUCCAACAUAGUGUUCCCAGUUCAAAGAGAUUGCUUUUACGGCUUGCUUGGCAAGAAUAAUUGGGAAGAGGAAUGAAUACAAGCCAUUUUUUGUUGGGAGGAGCUUCCAACAUAGUGCUUCCCAGUUCAAAGAGAUAGCUUUUACGGCUUGUUUGCCAAGAAUAAUUGGGAAGAGGAAUGAAUACAAGCCAUUUUUUUGUUGGGAGGAGGAAUGAAAUGUUUCUUGGGAGUUGGGAGGAGGAAUGACUGUGAGUUAAGGAGAUUUGGGUGUUCUGAAUUCACACUCUGCUGCAGACACGAUUAGGAGAUCGUGCAUUGCCACCAUCGACGUCUCACUCGUAAGAGCAUCCGUGUCUUAUAGCACCAGGCUAGUUAGUUGUGCGGUGGCGCUGCGGUGCACAGAGGCUUUGGGGGAAGCAGAGCCAUGGUCCGGGAAGAGAAGCUUGACUUUGUGCUGGUGCCGCUGGGCCUGGCCGUGCUGGCCGUCUACCACCUGUGGCUCCUCUACGCCGUCCUCCGCCACCCCACCCGCACCGUCGUCGGCCUCAACGCCAUCGCCCGCAAGCGCUGGGUCACCGUCAUGAUGGCCAACACGGAGAAGAACGGCGUGCUGGCCGUGCAGACGCUGCGGAACAACAUCAUGGCGUCGACGGUGCUUGCCACGACGGCCAUCACGCUCGUCUCCGUCAUCAGCGUCUUCCUCGGCGCCACGGCGGGAAGGUCCCCGGCGUCCCCCUCGUCGUCGUCGUCGGGGGCGCCGCUGCUGGUGUACGGGAGCAAGACCGGGGAGGUGUUCGCGGUCAAGUACCUGGCCAUCUCGCUCUGCUUCAUGCUCGCCUUCGUCUGCAACGUGCAGGCCAUCCGCCUGUACGCGCACGCCAGCUUCCUCCUCGGCCUGCCGCCCGUCGCCGGCGAGGGGGAGGGGGAGGCGGCGGCGGCGGCGGCGGUAGCGCGGGAGGAUCGGAAGAGCGGCUGGGCGAGGGGCGGUGCGAUCGAAGGAGUGGUACGAGUGGCGCAAGGGGCGGAGGAGCGGCGCAAGUGGCCGACGGCGGGAGGCAGCCGGCGGGUGCGGAAGCGGCAGCGGCGGCCGACGAGCGCGGAGGAGGCAGGCGGCGGCCGACGGACACGGAUGCAAGCGGCGACGCUAUCCUUCUGGUAUACCUAUCUCUCUCCACCCUCCUCCCGACGAGUCCAUCUCUCUCCUUCUCCCACCGAUGGUCCGCUGCCACCACCACCCAGUCUUUGCGAGGAGUCGAUUCGGAUGGGGCAAGGCCGACCUGCGACGACGGCGGUGGACGGGGAAUUGAUCCGGAUGGGGGCACAAAUUUGGUCUGGGUGCUGGCAGUUGCAGGAUAGCGUGAGGAGAGAGGAAUGCCAAAUUUAGCAUUUUUUUCUCUCG